AUGCCACGCAAGGGGAGCCGCAAAGUGCGAUCUGGUUGUUUGACAUGCAAGGCCCGCAAAGUAAAAUGCGAUGAAGGCAAACCCUCGUGUCAGCGAUGCGUCAUUGGUGGGCGGGUAUGUCAGGGGCUUGAUUUCUCCAAUCAAGCAAAGUCGUCUCUUCAACUCGUACAACCACGGAAUCACGUACUCGGAGACACGGUCAGAAGCGAGUCGAGGGUCAUGGAGUUCUUCUGCAACGUUGCGGCGCCGUCUUUAUCAGGACCCAUUGAUCCCUACUUUUGGACCCAUAUUGUCCUUCAGCUUGCCGAGCUGGAACCGUGUGUUAGACACUCUGUCAUGACCAUUAGCUCCCUAUUCGAGAAUCGUCGGAGCCGUGAUAUAUCCUCGGCCGUUGCUGUGCAGAGAAACGUUGUUGCUUUGAAACAUUAUAACGCAGCUAUUCGCGAACUCCAAGGCCCCAGACGUCUGGAUCUGGGAUUAACCUUGUUAACGUGCCUCCUCUUUGUCUGCAUCGAGGUUCUGCACGCAAACGGUGAUAUCGCUAUUCGACAUUGCUACCAUGGGAUUAAUCUGAUGGGAACUUCUGACCCACCAGAAACCUCACGAGUCUGGCCACUCCAGAUGUACCAUGUCUGCACCGUCCUAUCCACCGUGAUAUUCACAACAGACGAAACUGAUUACGAUGAAUUCAUUCCCACUUUCAAAGAAUUGGUAAAGGGUGCCGGCGAACUCGCUGGAUUGAGGACCAGACCAACAAAAUCCGAAUUUCAUUUCGAAAUGGGUUUCGCGCCUUUUCUGUUCUUUGUCGCCAUUAAAUGUCGGGAUUUUGAAACCCGAAUGGAAGGUCUUCGCUUGAUGAGCGUGCUCUGCGCAGCGCAAGAGAGUCUUUGGAAUAGCCAUACGUUACAAGUUGUUGCACAGCGAAUCAUCGAUCUCGAGCAUGGCAUCACAACUGGAGAAGAAUCAACGAGCUACUAUACUUUGCCUGACGAUAAUAUCAGAGUCAGACAUUUCGUCGUUGGUCCAGUAAAGUCUGGAACUGACGGCUUGAUUGGAAGGGAAAUAUCCUUCUACAUGCCAUUGGAUGAUGGCAUAUACAUUAAGCGUGAGAUAUUCUCCAUGGAAAGAUUAAGAGAACCUCUGGAUCUCCAAGAUUCGCCGGGUGUUUUUGCCGUCGACCUUGCCACAGAGACGUUAUUGAUGACGGAACUCAAGAACUAG